AUGGAGGAUGCCCAUGUCAUCUAUGCCCAAGAUACCUGGGGGUUCUUCGGAGUCUUUGAUGGUCACGGAGGUGAUCAGUGCUCUGGAUUCAUAGCCAGACGCAUCAAUGAAGAGCUUGCAAAAACCGGCAUGCCAGAUACGGAUGAUGCCGUCACAGACUUGGCAUUCCGUCUAGACAAGGAGUUUCUUGACUCCAAUCAGCCUAGUGGAUCCACCGGGACCUUUGUCAUCGUCCAAGCGCCAGCAACGCCUGGAGGCAACUAUCACCUCCGGGUUGGAAACAUUGGCGAUAGCCGUGUGCUUCUGGGGCGGGCGGAUGGUUCGAUCUUCCCUGGGCCUGGAACUGACCGCGGCCUCACCACGGACCAUAAGCCAGACCUUCCGAGCGAAAGAGCACGGAUCGAGCGCACUGGCGGGAAUGUCCAGGAAGUAAUGGGAGUAGCACGGGUGAACGGAGAUUUGGCCGUUAGCCGUGCUUUCGGUGACGCGCAGCACAAGAACACGGGAGGUCCAAGCCCGAAGGACCACCCUGUGAGCUGCGCGCCCGAGCUUCAGGAGUUUGACUGUGAAUCCACCGAUUUUUUGAUGCUGGUAUGUGACGGUAUUUCUGAAGGCAGCUUCCCCAACGAGGCCGUCGUGAAACUUGCAGCUGAGAAGCUGCAGUCAGUUGAGGGCCAGCCUGUUGAUCCGGCACAGGCUGCGAUUGCUGUUUGCCAUGAGGCAAUAAAAUGUGGUUCCAAAGAUAACCUCUCCUGUAUGAUCGUCCUGCUCGGCGGCGGCGAAGUGCCAGGGGAGCCAGUGGAGUUCAUUCCAGGUCCGUUUGAAGCACCUGAAAAUGCUGCUUUUCGGAAGGCCUAUGCGUCAAUGGCCGAGCACGCAGGGAUAACGCUGCCGCAAGCGCUUGAAAAGCGCUACCGCAAUUGCGAAAAGGAGCUGGCAGACGCCGGGUCCGAAACAGACGCUGGCAAGGAGCUGGCAGCAGAGCUGAGCCUGUACACUCCAGGGCCUGGAAAGGAACUCGAGCAAGGCUCAACGGAGCGGAUUGAAUGGUUCCAGAACUGGUUGGACAGGACGAGCUCGGAGAGUGCAGCUGCAAUGGCCGAGGGAGGAGACUCUGAAGGCAGUGCUUUAUCACGAGAUCAGAUAUGGGAGAUGUUGCAGAACAACCCGCGCCUGCGUGACAUGGCCGAGUCAUCUGGCCUAGGCCUCGACCGACUUUUGAUCAAUGACCAACAGGAGCCCAUGAGGACAGUGAGGGUUGCAAAGCUGGAGGAAUUGAAGCCGGCAGUGGAGGCCCACAGUGCACUGAAGUGGGACGACCGCUUGGCAGAUGCCUGCGGUUGCGAGGGUAUUGUGCUGAGAGAAGACGAGUCGGAUGCUACGGCACAGGUCCGAUUUCCACCACCUUUGGGCUUCAAAGCAUGGCUCCCCACAAGCAUGCUCGAAGAACUGACGCAGCCUUGCAAGAAAGUGAGAGCUUGCGGCACAGAGCAACUCCUAGAAGCCGUAGAGGCCCAUUCGGCGUUGAAGUGGGACGACAGACUGGCCAAGUUGAGUGGCCAGGAAGGUUUCGUUGUGCAGCAGGAUAAGGAGGACGCCACUUUGCAAGUACGAUUUCCAUCCGUCUCACUGACGGCCUGGCUGCCGGAAUCGACCCUGACCUUUAUCGAUGAGGGGAGCCAGCCUUCCACGGAGGCACCAGCAACUCCAGCGGAGUCUGAGGACAAGGAUGAAGCUGUUUGA